AUGGGAGGCAAGUCCAAGGGAAAGAGAUCUGGCACGAGGUACAAGUUUGCUAAGAAGUUUAGAAAGCAUGGAGAAUGCACAGCAAAUAAAUUUUUAGAAAAUAUUAAUUAUGGGGACUACGUAGAUAUCGUAUGUGACUCUACUCAACAGAAAGGUAUGCCAUUUAAUUUUUACCAUGGACGAACAGGAAAGGUGUUUCAUAUCACCAAGAGAGGGGUGGGAGUAUUGGUGAACAAGAGAGUGAAACACCGAAUUAUACAAAAGAAAGUUUGCGUACGAAUCGAGCAUGUACGUAAGUCACGCUGUAAUGAAGAUUUCAUAUUGAGAAAGCAAAAAAAUGCUGAACUGAUUAAGGAAGCUAAACUAAAGAAAGAGGUUAUUUCUAUUAAGAGGCAACCAGAGGGACCUAAACCUGCCGCCAUGAUUAAAGUACCCCCCACCAAAAUUAUCACAAUUGAACCAUUGCCCUUUUAUGAGGAGUAUUAA